AUGAAUGAUUCUAAAACCCAAUUGCAACAUGACAUAUUAACAUAUAUAUUAUCAACAAAUGGUAUAGUUCAUGAACCCGAAUUACUCGAUGUAUAUGCCCAAUUGAAAAAAAAAGAACUAAAUGAAGCCAAUGUUUUAAAAUUACAAACAAAGUUAGAUCGAUUAAUUGGUUUGAUUAACGAAUCUUUACAUUCAAUGGAUUAUAAAAUCGAAAAAUAUAGACAAUAUACCCCGAUGGCAUUACGUACUAUUUCUUCUGCUUCAAUUGGUAGUACCAUAGCAAACGAUAGUACAAACGACGGUUCUAGUACACGUGAUGCUAUCGAUCUAAAGAAAUCUAACUUGUUUUAUGUUUAUACAAAUUUAAAACUUACUCAAUCUUCAAAAUUAGCUACUUUUUACAAACCCACAGAACUAGAAUUUGUCAAAUAUGUUUUUAAAAAAUUGAUGGAACCAAACGAGCUUUCUUCUAUCAAAGAUCUCAAUUUAUCAAAUGAUAAAAGCGUUAGCUAUAAGCAAUAUAUCGAUAAAAUUAUACGGCUUGACCACAACAACGAAGAAGAUGGGACUUCCUCUAUUGGCUCUGGCACGUAUACAAGUUUUAACAAAGGUUCCACUUCUUUGAUAGUUGGGUUUAGAAAUUCCGAUAUGAAUGUGGAUUCUUUAAAAUUAUCAGAUUUGGAAAACAUUUUGACGAGAUUAUGCGAGAAUAAAUGGUUAACCCAAUACGGGGAUGGUAGUUAUUCCUUAUAUAUUAGAUCUUUAGUAGAAUUAAAAGAUUACAUCAAAUGUUUUGAUAAUGAUGAUGGGAGUAGCGAGACUGAAAGAAGUGAAGAAAGGGAAGGAACUGAAGGUGAAGCUGAAGAACUCAAUGGCAAUAUUUGUAAUAUCUGUCAAAAAAUAGUUUAUUUAGGUGGUAUAGAAUGUAGUAACUGUAAUUCAUUUUAUUUGGAUAUUGAUUGUUUGAAACAAUUCCUAAAUAGGUGUCAUAAUAGCGAUCAAUCGGUGAUAUGCUCGUAUUGCAAGCAUGAAUUUAAUGAUGUAAAUGACAUAAUAUAUAUAUUAUAA